AUGGAGUUCGACAGCUUCGCCACUCCAGCAGCAAUUUCGAGCAGGGCUAUCCAGCACCAAAGCCAGCCAUACGGCGCAACCAUCAUCUCAUCCGUGUGGCAACGCAACCGGGCUUUAGUGGCUUUCGUGUUCCGAUUCAGGAUAUUCCUUUACGUCCCAGCUGCCGCCGCAUGGUUGGCGGUGGUCUCAGGUGUGACUUUGGACUUCCGUACGCCGGAGGAGGCGAAACUGGAAGAACAGGAGGCCCAGAGGGUCGAGCGCUUCUUUGACGUGGACCAUCUUCCCGAGGACGACUAUCUCCGCGAGUGGUCCUGCAAAGAGCAGGCGCUGACGGGCAUCCUGGAAAAGCUCAUGCGGUCGCGGACUGUUCAGGACGCGCUGAUGCCAGCUCCAGAUCGGCUUGAAACAG